AUGCGCCUUGGAAGUCAGCUAAUUGGAAAUGGACUUAUAAUCGCAAGAGUACCUAUCUGGAGACCACGUCGCAAGAUCGAUGCACCUACCUUCAGCCCAGUCAAACUGAACAACUAUGUGAGAGUAUUCGCCGAACAAAGUGAGAGAAUGGUGAAGCAAGUGAAGUCAACCUUCGGCGUCGGAGCGGAGUCUUUGUGGAAGUACAUGACUAUCUACACAUUUUACUCCGUUUGUGAAACAACAUUAGGUGUAAAAUUGAAUGUAAACGAUAAUUUAGAAAAGCAACUACUGGAACCUUUUAACAUAAUUUGCAAACUGUUGACGGCACGUGGACUAACGCCCUGGUUGCAUCUUGAUGCGGUGUACAAGCUGUCGCCAUAUUACUACAAUGUUGAGAAAAAUAAAGAAAUUUUACAUAGGUUUGUCAAUGGGAUAAUAAAAGAAAAGCGCAAAAAAGUUAAAGAAAAUAUAAAAACCGACAAUGAUGACACCAAUAGUUUAAAGAGCUUUCUGGAACUUCAAAUAGAAGCAUCUGGCAGCGAUCGUGGCUAUUCUGACGAGGAGUUACUUGAAGAAUGCCUCGGCUUGUUGUUAGCCGGUACAGACACUACUGCUGUCGGAAUGUGUUUCACUAUUUGUAUGCUGGCUAAUCACCCUGAUAUGCAAGAAAAAGUGUUCCACGAAUUACAAGAAGUGUUUGGGGAUUCAGAGAGACAAGUAGUCGUCGAAGACUUGCCACGUCUCAAAUAUUUAGAAGCUGUGUGCCGAGAGAGUCUACGUUUGUAUCCACCAGUGCCUGUAAUUGUAAGAGAGAUCAAUGAAGAUACAAGACUGCCAUCGGGAGUAACUCUGAAGAAAGGCUGCGGAGUAAUGAUAAGUAUCUGGGGUAACAAUCGCAAUCCUUUGUAUUGGGGAGAAGAUGCAGAGGAGUUCCGCCCUGAACGUUUUCUUGAAAGCAAUUCGAGGCAUCCAGCUGCCUUCUUAUCGUUUAGCCACGGACCCAGAAACUGUUUAGGAUAUCAAUAUGCCAUAGCUUCACUGAAAACAGUACUAGCAACAUUUCUACGAAAAUAUUGCGUUCUGCCCAAGCAUGUAAACAGCAGAAGCGGCGAAGUAAACCAUGAACCUAUUAAACUUACAUAUAGCCUCAUGAUGAAGGAUGUUGAUGAAUUCCGAGUAAGAUUGGUCGAAAGAAAAGAUACAAAGUAUUUUAGUUUUUAA